AUGAUUAAAUGGGAAGCUGAAGCAGAACCCUUUGCUGAAGGAAGAUUUAGAUAUGCUUUCAAGGGGCGCUACACUGAGCAUCCUACUAAAUGUGGGCAGAGUAUUGUAGUAAAAAAAUUCAAAGACAACUACAUUUGGGAACUAAAAGGUUGGGAUUCUACCUUGAAGAUUUACUCUAAAGCUCAAGAAUAUGCCUUAGGAUUUGGAAGAGGAUUGGAAUUUACUACAUGUGAAACCGGUAUAGUUACAAAAGUUGGCACUAGCACAAAAGUCAAGGUCAAUGAGUACACAGUGCUUGAAGACUAUCUCGAAGGGAAAUACAUCAAAUGGUGCAACAAUUAUGGCUAUGUAUCAACUGAAGCUCGUGGAGUGGACCAAAUCUUGACAGCAUUCAUGCACUGGAGCUGGAUAAGAAGCAAAGGAGAAGAAAUGGUUACUGAUAUACAAGGAGUGAAGAAUGGAAAUUGCUAUAAAUUAACAGAUCCUGCUAUGCUCUCUAUUAAUAGGGAAUAUGGAGUGACUGAUACUGGGAUUGAAGGAAUGGCAAUGUUUUUUCUCAUUCAUCAAUGCUCUGGCCCUUGUAAAGGUUUGCCUAAGCCAACAUUGGCUCAGUUUGUUGGUAAGAUAUCUGAUGCAAUGAUGCAGCAGCUAUCAGCAAGGGGAACCGCUUAUACACAUGAAACUAAGUUUCCUGAGGCAGUUAGGACAGCUCUUAUUCCUGUUUUUGCAGGUAUCGCUCAAGGAAAGUAG